AUGGGUUCCAGGAAAGCGACGCGCCAGCAGAGCGACGAGAAGAUCACGGCAAUCACCCCGUACAACACAUUAAAUGGUGACUUCCCGAUCUCCAAUCGACAAUCCGCUAGCAACAAAAAUCGCCCGGUUGAUUCGUCGAAGUCGACACGCUCUGUUUGUCUCAAUAUGUGCUGCUCGCAGGGAAUUGGAUGCGCCUUGUCGGUCAAUCAUCGUUCACCGUCUCGCCACUCAAGCUUAAGUUCGUCUCACAAAUCACGGGUUCCACAAUCCACUCAAUGGCAAGAGGCUACCUCAAGAACUGAAUCCCUCAAUCCAGCCAACAAUGCGGUGAGAGAUUCAAUGAAUCAAUACGAGAAUCUCAGUGCCUUUCUGAAAACAACUCGCAAGAGUUAUCCGAAACAGUCAUCAAAUCGUCCUAGACGUCUUCCACGUUCAGCUGAACACUCCUCUCUUCACUUUCCAUUCGACCAACACAGUCCGGCAAGCCAAAUCUACAAGGGCGUGAUGAAUUGGCGAGAAGCUGAAGAUCGGACACUUCAUCCUACCGAGUUCAUCUUGUACCAUCGGAUUCCGGAGCCAUUGACGGUGGCUACAUUGAAGACGGAUCUUGAGCUCUAUGUCUGCUAUCACAACUACAUUGGAGUGUUUAGGCAUUUCCGCGUUCGCAAGCACACCACGGGUCCGGCAAUUCUUUUUUACUUUGAUUGUGGAAACCCGAGUGCUCGAUCUUUCCUGACGCUUGAUCAACUCGUCCAGUACUAUCAUACCUACGUGAAGAUUCGAGUCAGCAAGAAUGCUAGUCAGACGAACGUUGAUGUGUUCGAU